AUGCAGUUUUCCCGAUGCGGUAUUCAUGGCUUCCAUGAAGUUCUCGGCAUCGAUGCCGAUGAAAUACGCUUCUACUGGGCAAUCGAAACUGAUUUGGAGGGAGCCACCCAAGUUGCAUAUCGUAUUGUUCUCGCAACAGACGCCCAUGAUCUGGAGUCACCAGAGCUGGAAGCCUCGAGCCUUGCAUGGGACACAGGACGCGUCGAAAGCGACGCACAGCGAAAUAUUCUAUGCAAACCGGAAGAUGGUUUCAGAUCAACUUGCAGUUACUUCUGGAGAGUGAUGAUUUGGGACAAUGCCAACAAUGUCCACUAUAGCCCCAUUCAACACUUCUUCACUGGCUAUCCGCGGUCUCGUCUGCUGCCUCCCUACAGUAUGAACCAAACAUAUAUGCCGCAUUCAAGCCUCAUAUUCCGCACUUGGUUUGAGAAUGAGCAUGAUCGGUGGAAGGCAGUGUGGAUUGGAGAUGGAGGUGACAAACCUAUUUAUUUGAGGAAGUCGUUUCAACUGCAGCAACGGCCAACUCGAGCCAUUCUGUUCGCCUCUGGGUUGGGACAUUUCAAUAUGAGUGUGAAUGGUCAAGCAGCUUCUGAUCACCGCCUAGACCCUGGCUGGACUAAUUAUCAUCGCAGAAUCCAGUUCACUUCAUAUGACGUUACUGCGCAUUUGAAUACUGGAGAAAAUGCGCUGGGUGCACAUGUGGGCAACGGCUUUUAUGCCGGUGAAAAGGGAGACGAUCGCUUCUUCUGGCCAAUGUACGAGGACAACACAUAUGUCCGAUAUGGAAAUGAGCUCUGUUUCUUCUGCGAGCUGCAUCUCUUCUACGAAGAUGGCACCCACAAUACUCUCAUUUCAGACCCAACCUGGCGUGUGAAGAAAAGCGCAACGACGUUGGCCAACAUAUAUGCCUCCGAAAACCAUGAUCGGCGACUUUAUCCACAUGGUUGGGACAGUCCUGCCUUCGAUGAGAAUGGCUGGGCCCCUGCAAAGCCUCUCACCGGUCCCAGAGGUCACAUCUUUUACCAGACCCAACCACCUGUUGUGCUGCAUGAGACAUUUGAACCUGUGAAAACGUACCUUCCCAGACCAGGUGUCGUAUGCUUUGACCUUGGUCAAAAUGCAUCUACGAUGGUCAAGAUUAUUGUCGAGGGUGCAGCUGGAUCUGAGAUCAUCGUUCGGUAUUCCGAGACAGUCAAAGAUGAUGGUACUGUCUUGAUGCCGGAUCCGCUUUUCAAGGAAUUUGAAACAGGCGUGUUCUCCAGAAUCUAUCUCGCAGGCACUGGGCAGCCCGAGACAUGGGAGCCCGAUUUCAGUUUUACAAGCGCACGCUACAUCCAAAUCGAGGGUGUUUCUCUCAACCCUGGAGAGGGCCUUCCUGUCAUUCAUUCUGCUGUAGGACGCCAUAUCUCUUCAGCUGCCAGAAGACUUGGAACUAUGAAGACAGAUAAAGAAGACAUGAACUCUUUGCUAAACGCUUUGUUUUGGACUUUCAACAGCAAUCUCUUUAGCUACCACACUGACUGCCCUCAGAUCGAGAAGUUUGGCUGGUUAGAGGUCACUCAUCUCCUGGCACCAGCGACGCAGUAUAUCCGCGACAUGGAGUCGUUAUAUACUAAGAUCCUUGAUGAUAUCUUGGAUGCUCAAGAACCCAAUGGUCUUGUUCCAACUAUGGCACCCGAAAUUCGAUAUAUGUGUGGUCCGCUACACGAUACAAUCACCUGGGGAUGUGCGUUGUGCUUCUUACCAGAUAUUCUACUCAGAUAUUAUGGGUCUACUCAUGUCAUCGCGAAAGUAUUUCCGGCUGCGGUCAGAUACAUGGAGUACAUGCGCACCAAGGAGCGCAAGGGAGGUCUGAUUGAACACGGACUUGGCGAUUGGGGCCGUGAUAUUGCCUUUGGAAAUCAUCAAGCUAACAUUGAGACUGCCAUUUACUAUCGAUGUCUCCAAUGUGUCGAGAUGAUGGCUCGCGAACUUGGAAACAUUGCAGAGGCAGAAAGAUUCCAACAAUGGGCUGAGAGAAUUGCUCAAGUCUAUAACCAGCAUCUUCUCGUCACGGAUGAUGAAUCACGUCCCUAUGCAUACUACACCUCAAUGGACAAUUUCCCAGAACGUGAUCGGACUGCCAUCGCCCAGGCCAUGGCCCUCCAAUACGGAUUGGUUCCCGAGAAGCACAAGAAAGACGUCAUGGCUGCAUUUGUCGAUGACACCUCAGAUGGAAAGAUUCGUGCCGGAGAAAUUGGCUUGCGAUACCUGUUCAACACUUUGGCUGAUGCUAAACGGCCGGAUCUGGUACUACAAAUGGCAAGACAAGAGGAGCACCCUUCGUAUAUGCGAUUCCUUCGUCGUGGCGAAACCACCCUUUUGGAAUUUUGGCAAGACGAAUGUCGGAGUAAAUGUCACGACAUGCUCGGCACAAUCUAUGAAUGGUUUUACUCUGCGGUUCUUGGAUUGAAGCCCAUUGAUAAUGCCUAUCGCUCUUUCCAAGUCGAUCCUCCUUAUGGAUCCGAAUUUAACCAUGUCAAGGGCACAGUGGAUUGUCCAUUCGGUCUAAUUUCCGUCGAAUUUGAUCAGCGGAAGACAAGGGAAUUCAGAAUAUGUUUGACCGUUCCUUUUGGAACUUCUGCUAUUGUUAGGCUUCCUGAGAAUGUGAAGCAGGUGGAAAUUACGAGAUCAGGAGAGGCGGCUGUGAAAAAGACGCAUACUGGUGACCAUGUCCAAGUGGCACACGGUCAGUAUGAAAUUCUCAUACAGUGA